GGAGGGACUCAUGUCACCACCAUCUCAGUCUUCCAAAAGAAGUUGAUCCCCACACAACUCUUCAAAAUGCCGGUGCUCCAAUUGACCCAUGAGUUCGGCUAUGUUGCUUUGGUGGCCUCAUCCACCUUCCUGCUGAACAUGUGGCAAAGCAUUCGCAUUGGUGGCAUGCGCAAGAAGCUUGACGUGAAGUAUCCGGUGAUGUACUCGGAAAAGCAUCCCAUCUUCAAUUGCUAUCAGCGAGCCCAUCAGAACACCUUGGAGCAAUUGCCAUUCUUCCUGACCACGUUGUUCUUGGCAGGAAUUCGAUUCCCGUGUUAUGCAGCCAUGUUCGGGGCCUCCUGGUUGUUGGGACGAGUGGUAUACACCUUGGGUUAUUCCAGUGGCAGCCCUGACAAGCGGGUGCCGGGUGCGUUCAUCAGCAUGAUUUUGGGCCAAUUCCCUUUGUUCGUCAUGUCGGUGGGAACCGGAGCCGGUUUCUUGGGAUGGUUUUAAAUUGCUUUGACGUACCCAGGCAUAUUGUUAUAAUUAAGGGUUGGAAAGAUACCUUAUUUGGGAACAUUUACAGUAUGAGCGAUAAAUAUGGGUUCCAAUGUAGGGUCACGUGUAUAUCAUCAUCAUUGGUUCGCAUUUUCCACCUCCAUUUUACCUGGUCGGUUUACGUCUCAGCUCUGACGUUUUUCACCAGUUCUGUUUUGCUAGAAGAAAAUAAAGCCAUCAACAUCUGCGA